UUUUUCCCCUUUCUUUUCACAGUGGCACAUUUGGUCUCUUCUGAGCAUCUCGCAGCCUCUGGGUGACCGGGACAUUGAAUUUGGUGGACAGUUGCCAUUCGCUCCCUGGGAUCGUAUCUGCCCUUGCUUCCCUCGUCCCCUUCCGUGCUCCCCUUCCCUCCAACCAAACCCCAGGGCGUUGCGAUAUUGCCAUGGAGCCCAGAGAGACUUUGAGCAGCUCCCGGCAAAGGGGAGGCGAGGCAGACUUUCUGCCAGCUGCCGUCACCUCCACGAAGGCCUCGCCAGUCUCGGGCUGCGCAGGGGAGACGAUGCUGUCUUCGUCGGGAGCGGGGAAAGGGAUCCCGGUGAGCAGCGAGAGGCUGGAGCCUGAGGAAGAGGACGAGCUGGGUUCCGGGAGAGACGUGGAUUCCACUUCCAAUGCGGACAGCGAGAAAUGGGUGGCGGGAGAUGGCCUGGAGGAGCAGGAGUUUUCCAUCAAGGAGGCUAACUUCACGGAGGGGAGUUUAAAACUAAAGAUCCAGACCACCAAGAGAGCGAAGAAGCCCCCAAAGAACUUGGAGAACUACAUUUGCCCUCCCGAGAUCAAAAUCACCAUCAAGCAGUCUGGGGAGCAGAAACUUUCCAGAACUGGGAAAAAUAGCAAAACAACUAAAGAGGAGGACAGAUCACACUCCAAAAAGAAGGGAAAAGUCAUUGGAGAUUCAAAACUGCUUAUGAGUUGUGGUUGCAGAAAAGGGAAAAAUUCUCAAGUGAAAGACUCAGAUCAGAGUCAGAUGAAGAAUUUGGGAAGAGAGUGUGCGUUCCCUGUGCAGAGUCCAGUGACGAAAUCUGUGAACAAGGUUUAUGACAGGCCACAAAAACAUUCUGCUCUGCACUAUGAUCCGGGCCUCCAACAAGACUUCACCAGUGACACCUUAAAAUCAAAACACCAGCAGAAAAGUAGCAACCAGCACCACCUUGACUGGUCAGCGAGCUCCGACACUGGACCCGCUUCUCAGAGCUGCUUCAUCAACACAGAGCCCAGCAGAGAAGCAAUUAGUGCCACCAAGGUCUCUGCUCUGGAGCCAGGAGUUUCCUACAGCAAAUCCCAGGCCAAGAAGUCCUGCAGCAGCAGCAGCAGCAGCAGCAGCAGCUCGUGGGGGCAGCUGUCAGUCAGUAGUAAGGAGCUGGCAAUUUGCAGCACAGUCCCAUCACCCAACAGCAUCAGCACGGCCACCCAGCCCAGCAGUGCCUCCGAGUGCAAUGGGCUUUUGUCUCUUGGAGACCAAGAGGGAGCUGUGCAGCUGGAGGCCCCCGAUCAGCCCGCUGGAAGUACGAAGAAGAAGUCCAGCAAGAAGGACUUGAUGAGCCAAACCAUGCAAACCACAGAUAUGGAGUGGGUAAAGAGUGCUCAGAAAGCGUUUGACAGCAAAUCCCAUGACAGCAUGGAAGGGAAAAAGGAGUCUUACACGAUGGACAGCAUGUUGGAUAUGUCACCCUCAAAGCAGAAUCCCGUUUCUGCCGUCACUUGUGAAAGUGACACCAAUCACGUACGAAUUACUAUCCCAAUAAAGUCUCCGACAACAGAUGCGUCUGGCCACAAAAGGAAAAAGAGGCAAUCCAUUAAAUCCUCCAUAGAGAAAACUAUCCAGGAGAAAAGCCUGCCUUCCGUGCUUGCUUUGAGCAGUGAAAUGGCAAACAGGACCAGCUCUCAACCAGACGGGAGUAAAAAAGACCUUCGAGCCACAAAGCCAGGGAAAGUGAUUGAAAAUGAGUCCCCCUUAGUAGCAAUUGACAGCGGUGUGUUCACAGACAAAGCAUCCCCCAACAGUGCUGCCCGACCCAGAAAACCUUUACCUGUCACAUCCACUCUCCUCCCCACCAAUCUUUCCACAGCUGGCAAGUUACCGGACAUCCAGCACCCCAAACAUGCAGCUAAGCGUCGGUGGACCUGCAGCAAACCUAAACCUAUUAUUCGGGAGACCUCCCUGACGACAUCUGAGAAGCUGAUGGUGGAGCCUCCUUCAGCCUAUCCCAUCACACCAUCCAGCCCUCUGUACACCAACACAGACAGUCUUACUGUGAUCACACCUGUCAAGAAAAAAAGAGGACGACCAAAGAAACAGCCUUUGCUCACUGUUGAAACCAUCCACGAGGGGACCUCCACCAGCCCAGUGAGCCCAAUCAAUCGUGAAUUUCCAGGAACAAAGAAAAGGAAGAGGAGAAGGAAUCUGGCUAAGUUUGCCCAGAUGGUUCCAGGAGAGGACAAAUCCAUCAGUGAACUCAAAUUUCACAAAAAAGUCGGGAAACUUGGGGUCUUGGAUAAGAAGACCAUCAAGACCAUUAAUAAAAUGAAAACCCUCAAGAGGAAGAAUAUUCUCAAUCAGAUCUUGUCCUCCUGCUCCAGCAGCAUAGCUCUGAAAGCAAAAGUCCAGCCACCAUCUAGUGCUGGGCCGACCACCAUUGAUGCCAGGCUAGGGAAGCAGAUCAAUGUCAGCAAGAGGGGGACUAUCUACAUUGGUAAAAAACGGGGCAGAAAGCCAAGGGCAGAGCUGCAGGCUCAGCCAGAAGAACCUAAGACAGCCAUCAAGCACUCAAGGCCUGUUUCCAGCCAGCCAGAAAACCCAGCAGUGCCUUCCAACCUGCAGUCACUUGUGGCAUCGUCACCAGCAGCUAUUCAUCCGCUUUCAACACAAUUAGUGGGGAUCAACGGCAACCUCAGCCCUGCAAGCACUGAAACUAAUUUUUCAGAGUUAAAAACUAUGCCAAAUCUUCAACCUAUCAGUGCUCUUCCUACAAAAACCCAGAAAGGAAUGCACAGUGGAACUUGGAAGCUGUCUCCGCCCAGGCUAAUGGCUAAUUCUCCUUCUCACCUCUGUGAAAUAGGUUCUCUGAAAGAAGUCACGCUGUCGCCAGUGAGCGAGUCUCACAGCGAGGAGACCAUCCCGAGCGACAGUGGGAUAGGUACAGACAACAACAGUACCUCUGACCAAGCCGAGAAAAGCUCAGAAUCCCGCCGGAGAUACUCUUUUGAUUUCUGCACCCUGGACAAUCCAGAGGCUAUCCCAUCUGACACCAGCACAAAGAACAGGCAUGGUCACCGGCAGAAGCAUCUCAUUGUGGAUAACUUUCUCUCUCACGAAAGUAUUAAAAAGCCAAAGCACAAGAGGAAAAGGAAAAGCCUGCAGAACAGAGAUGACCUCCAGUUUCUGGCAGACCUUGAGGAACUCAUCAAUAAGUUUCAAGUGUUCAGGAUUUCCCAUAGAAGUUAUACAUUUUAUCAUGAAAAUCCAUAUCCCAGCAUCUUCAGGAUUAAUUUUGAUCACUACUACCCUGUGCCAUAUAUCCAGUAUGACCCAUUGCUCUAUCUUCGCAGGACCUCUGAUAUGAAGUCUAAGAAGAAGCGUGGUAGACCUGCCAAAACCAAUGACACCAUGACAAAGGUGCCUUUUUUACAAGGGUUCGGUUACCCUAUUCCCAGUGGGAGUUACUAUGCACCCUAUGGAAUGCCUUACACAUCAAUGCCUAUGAUGAAUCUUGGUUACUACGGUCAGUACCCAGCUCCUUUGUACCUGUCUCACACGCUUGGAGCGGCUUCCCCAUUUAUGAGACCUACCGUGCCCCCACCCCAAUUCCAUGCAAGCUCUCACAUGAAGAUGUCCACCACUGCCAAACACAAAGCAAAACACGGAGUGCACCUGCAAACCCCUGUGGGAAUGGGCCUUGGAGACAUGCAGUCCUCCCUGGCCCCUCCGAAGGUUGGAGGAACAAGUCUUUCAAGUGGCCGACUUCACAAGAGGAAACACAAACACAAGCACAAGCAUAAGGACGAGCGGAUACUGGGGACUCACGAGGAUCUGAGCGGUCUCUUUGCUAGCAAGUCCACUGGCUUCUCCAGCCACGCCAUCAACGAGAGGCUGAGUGGCUCAGACAAAGACCUGUCCUUGCUCAACGAGAAGAGCAAGCACAAGGAGAAGCAGAAGCACCAGCAUUGUGAAACCGGGCACAAAGGCUCAAAGAGUAACUUUGAAGUGGAUACGCUGUCUACGCUAUCACUUUCUGAUGCCCAGCAGUGGUCACAGAAUAAAGAUAAAAGCGACUCAAGCGGUGAUCCCAUUGACUCUUGCACAAAGAGAUACUCUGGUAAUACUGAGAGUAAUGGAAGGUCAGAGUCCCUGGACAUGUUUGGUGAAAUAAAUUCCUCAAGUGAGAAGCGGGACAAUGAUGCAAGUGGGAAUAAAAGAAGAAGCUUUGAAGGCUUUGGAACUUACAGGGAAAAGGACAUUCAGCCCUUCAAGACAAAUAGGAAGGACAGAAGUACUUUUGAUUCUUCAGCCUCUUCAGGAAUUGCAGGUCCCCACUUAAAAGCAGACCAGACUUCACUUCAUGGUAAAAUGGAAAGUUCUGCCUGUAAUGUGAUGACCAGAAGGAAACCAGCAGCUGUUGACAGUGUUGCAAUGCCAAGUCCAGUGUUAUCUCUCCUACCUUCAUCAUCAGCAACAUCUGAAGCAGCCAGCUCACCACUGAAGAAAAGGUUCAAGCGCCGUGAAAUCGAAGCAAUCCAGUGCGAGGUGCGCAAGAUGUGCAACUACACCAAGAUCCUGUCCACAAAGAAGAACCUGGACCAUGUGAACAAGAUCCUGAAAGCCAAGCGGCUGCAGAGACAAUCAAAGACAGGCAAUAACUUCGUGAAGAAGAGGAGGGGGCGUCCUCGGAAGCAACCCCUUUCCUUUGACGAAGACUCCAGAGACCAAAUGCCCGUUCUGGAAAAAUGCGUUGACCUUCCGAGCAAAAGAGGUCAGAGACCAACACUCAACCCGUUAAUAUUGGAGCAAGCAGCCACUCAAGAUACAAUCAUGGCCACCAUCGAGGCUGUCAUACACAUGGCUAGAGAGACGCCACCGCUGCCGCCUCCUCUGCCUCCUCCACCCCCUCCACUCCCUCUCCCUCUGCCCCGGGCGCCCCGGGUCGGAAAAAGGAAAAACAAGUCCCCGCAGGAGGAAGAAGAGGACGUGAAAGUGAAGCGGCACCGCAAGGGCAGAGGGAGCGAAAGCGAAGGCCUUCCCUAAGGCCAGUGCACCUCGUCAGAUGUUGGGUGCCCACAGUGGAGCACGCCAGGACUGGGGGACAGGAGGUGCACAGUCGGCCUCACCCCUUUGGCAGCACCAGACUGACCUGUCCCUUCAGCAGCCAGAACUCAUUGCAGAGAGCUGUGCCAGCUGGGCGCGCAUCUUUCCUCUUCAUCGCUUUGACCCAAGCCACCCCCCCAAGGAAAGAGGGGGGGAAAGGCGCGGGAAAAGUGGGGGAUACAGGGGAGGAGGAUGUGUGUCAAAGUUGGAAAAAGCAUGAACUCUGCCGAGUUUCCAAAACUAAUCUGAAUCUCAGCAUUGCUGUUCUCAUACCGUACCCAGAGGCUGGAAGUCAUCCUCGCAGAUAGCUGAACGUUGUCACUAAGGGUGCAUGCUCGACUCUGAUUCUGUUUGGUGGGCCAGGUGAAACUAAGAGUAACUUUACCAUAGUAUAAAUCACUGUAAAAAAGCAAAAAAAAAGGAAAAAAAAAAAAGGAAACAAAGAAACAAAGAAAGAAACAAAGAAAGAAACAAAGAAAGAAACAAAGAAGAAAAAAACCCAACAAAAAAUAAUGUAAUUUUCUCAACUGUGAUAUUGGUUAUAACCUAUUUGAUUUUUUUUUUUCCAGUUUUAUAUACCUACCAGGCUUUGGGACAGCAUAAGCCAAAAUGCCUGGCUCCUGCUAGAACUAUAUAUUUCUUUUUCAUUUUCUUGCCUAGUUACAACUAGCUGCAAUAUAGGCAAUAGAAAAUUAGAGCCUUACACGCGUGCACACUCAUUCCGAGUGCUAUCCCAAGAAAUGAUGGAAUAUCACAGCAUUUAAAAUAAGGUAUACACGGAUAUUCGGUUACAAUAGCACGUUUAUAUGAAGCAACUUGGCAAUGGCAUGUGAAAAAGGGGUCAUCCAUCAGCCAAGUUGUUUUGAUGCUCGGUACAUAUGAGUAGAGAACAGCAAGACACUUCUGGGGAAUAGUUAUAGUAAACAUGGAAAAAAAUCACCAAAAAAAAAAAUAUAAAAAAGAUAAAAGGAAAAAAAAUAGGACACAAAAAGAAAAAAUAAAAUAAAAACCAGAACCCAAAUCUACCAAGUUUUUGCCAUCUGCAAUUCCCAGUGAAAUUAACGGGAAAACCAGAAUAUUAAUAAUUUGCUUUGGGUAGCAAUGCCUUGAUAUUAUCUUUUAAAGAAAAUAGAUAAAGUAGAUUGUUUAAAAAAAAAAUAUAGAACAAACCCUAUGGAUAAUAGAUCCUUUCUUGGCAAUUAUUUCUGAAAAAAAAAAAAAAA